AUGGAAAUGGAUCCUGUACUGGCUGCUCUCAACCAGACUGUGCUCAUCUCUGGGCCCGGUCCCUUUGUCCUGCUGGGGGUGCCAGGACUGGAGACCUUGCAUGCCUGGCUUUCGGUGCCUGUAUGUCUGCUGUACAUGGCGGCUUUGGCAGGGAAUGUCCUUCUGCUGGGGCUGGUGGCAGCUGAUAAGACACUUCAGGCACCCAUGUACCAGCUGCUGGGGCUUCUGGCAGCUGCUGACUUGGUUCUGGCCACAUCCACGGUACCCAAAGCUCUGGCUGUGCUGUGGGGCCUGUCAGCGGAGAUCUCUUUCGCGGCCUGCCUAGCUCAGCUCUUUGUUACCCAUGUGGCCUUCAUUGCUGAAUCUUCAGUGCUCCUGGCCAUGGCCGUGGACCGCUAUGUGGCCAUCUGUCAGCCUCUGCGCUAUGGGGCAUUGCUGACACAGCGUGUGGUGGGUGGAGUGGCUGUGGCUGCCGUGACCCGUGGUGCCUGUGUCAUGGCACCCCCUGUGGCCCUGCUCCAAAGACUGCCUUACUGUGGGCAGCGGGAACUCCCCCACACCUACUGUGAACACAUGGGUGUGGCUCGGCUGGCAUGUGGUGACACGCGCCCCAACGUUUGGUACGGACUAGCCACCACACUUCUAUCCCCAGCACUGGACUUCGGGCUCAUCGCCACUUCCUAUGCCUUCAUUCUCCGUGCCGUCUGUCGCCUGCCGUCCCAUGGUGCCCGCUGCAAAGCCUUGGGUACCUGUGGGGCCCAUGCCAGUGUCAUCACUCUCUUCUACACACCCGCUCUCUUCUCUUUCCUGGCCCACCGUUUCGGCCGCCACACGGUGCCCGGCCACAUCCACAUCCUACUGGCUAACCUGUAUGUGGUGGUGCCCCCUGCCCUAAACCCUGUGGUCUAUGGAGUACGUACCCAACAGAUCGCUCAGAGGCUCAGGCACUUGCUUCGUUUGUGCUGGGUCGGGGCCAUAAGGGGUGUGAGCCCUGAGAGGGCCUCCCAUAGCAGUGAAUGA